CGCUCAACACAACAACGCUCUGCAGUGUAGUGGAUCUGUAAUGGCGCCAAGGGAGGAUUUUCUCGAUCAGUGUGAGUCUUGACUUUUCUACAUCACUAAUGGGCUGCCUUACAGGACGGCGAGCUUGACUUCCGUCGCCAUGACUUGCUCGUAUCAAUUUAAUGCCCAAGAUGGAUGGUCUUGCCAGCGUGCGGACCGCGGUACCACGUCAUAUUUUGCAGCGCUCUCGGAUCACUCGUUGCGAUGCUCAAAGCUGGGUGCUGACAUAUUCCAUAGCGAUCCAAUUCAAAUCGUACGCUCAGGAAGCCACCCUUGAGCCGCCGACAGGUUGGGAGUAUCAGAUA